UGAUGACGUGGUUGGGUCGGCGGAGCAGAGCAGCAGGAUGGCCGACCAGAGCAGGCAAAUCAAACUCGCUGCAGCCAAGAAAAAGCUGAAGGAGUUUCAGCAGAAGAGCUCCCCUGCUAGUGGAGGAGGAGAGAAGGGUGGAGGAGGAGGAGGAGGAGGAGGAGGUGGCGGCGGCGGAUCAGGGGCCAAGAAGAAGAGGAAGGGGAAGGGACUGAACCAGUAUGAUGCACCUACAACAGAUAGAAACUCCCCAAUCAACUUUGACAGUAUUCUCAAAGUGUUUAAUCAAAGCAAUGGAGUAGCCCUACCUCUUUAUGGCAACAGUCAGACCUUUGCUGACGUGGAGCCCAUGGGGUCUUCAGUUCCCCAGCUGCUGGAGGACCCAGGGGGCGAGCCUGAGUCUAACGCUGCUGUGCCUAACACUACUAAUAACCCUGAGUUUGUCGGUCACAACGCUGACCUGCAGGACUAUCCUGAUACCAAUGGCAAUGAGAGUUUAACAGAGGAAAAUAGACCACUGUCUUCCACAGAGAGCCUACGGCAGCUCUCACAGCAGCUGAACGGCCUGGUCUCUGAGUCAUCUACUGCGUAUGUGAAUGGAGAUGGUGCACCUGUUCUCAAUGAGAGAGAAAUGGAGAGUCGGAACCAGGAGCUGGCAGCCGCCCUGGAGUCCAGCAACCUAACAAACUCUCAGCUCAAUACCCAGCUAGACCAGCUGGCAAAGCAAUCUCAGGAGCUCACAGAUCAGCUACAAAAGGAGCGAAAAGAAUUUGAGCAGAGAUGUUCCAAAGAGCAGGGAGCCAUGCGCGAGCAAUUGCAGGUUCACAUCCAGACCAUUGGAAUACUGGUAUCAGAGAAAUCAGAGCUACAAACAGCACUACAAUACACACAACACGCUGCACGGCAGAAAACAGGUGAGGCAGAGGAGUUGAACAGCCGUCUGCAUGCAACAAAGCAGAGAGUGUCAGAGCUGGAGCGAACCCUCUCUUCUGUCUCAGCACAACAGAAACAGUUUGAAAAGCACAAUAAAGAACUUGAAAAGGAGAGAGACAACCUGAGACUAGAGGUGUUUAGAGUAAACAAUGUGAGUGAGGAGUCGAAGCAGCAGAGCUCAGAGCUGUCUGAGAAGCUGAAACUGACGUCACAUGACAAUGGAGCGAUGAGGCUGGAGGUGGAAGAUCUUCGCAAGAGGCUCGAGAUUGGUGACCUCAUGCUGCAACAGUACUCCAAUCAGUCAGAUCCCAGCAGUGCCAACCAGCAGGCGCAGUUACUGGUGGAAGAGAAACAGCAGCUGGAGACUCAAAAUCACCAGCUGAUGGAGUCGAUUGGUCAGCUGAAGACAGAGAGGGACUGUUAUGCAGAGCAGAUCCAAGAAGAGGGCCGUGUAUGGAAGGACAAAACAGAACAGCUGCUAACACAGGUGUCAUUGGUUGCAGAGGAGAGGGACAGAAACAUCAACCGAGUCCAAGAGUUGGAGGCCAGCAUCACAGAGCUAAUAAAUGCUGCAGCGUUACUGUCCCAAGAGCGAGAGGCUCAGGGUAAUGCAGAGCCUCCGUCCUCGGGACCAUCAGAGAGUGAGGUGGCUCUGCAAGAGAGCCUCGACAGACUACAACAAGAGAAAGAAGCCCUGGCUGAACAGUAUCAGGCACAGCUGAGAGACAACAAGCAGCUGAGCCGCAUGUGUUCUGAGCAAGAGACGCGUCUGGGGGAGAUGGAGCGGCAGGUGGAGAGCCGAACCCAGGAGGGAGAGGAUCGUCGCCGCAUGUUGGAGGAUGUUCAGUCAGACAAGGCCACUAUUAGCCGCGCUCUCACCCAGAACCGGACACUGAAGGACCAGCUGGCUGAGCUUCAGAACGGUUUUGUCAAACUGACUAAUGAGAACAUGGAGCUGACCACUGCCAUCCAGUCAGAGCAACACGUGAAAAAGGAGCUGGCUCGCAGGAUGGGUGAACUGCAAGAGGGACUGCACAAUGUCAAGGAGGAGCUGGACUUGAAAAAUCAAGAGACUCAGGGUCUGAUGGAGCAGAGGGACCAGGUGGUGGCUCACCUGCAGCAGUACUGUGCCGGCUACCAGACCCUGGCCUCCGAGAGAGAACAGAUUCACCGACAGUAUCUGCAGCAGUGCCAGCUUAUGGACCGGCUGCAGCACGAUGAAAGCCAGGGCCGUGUGCAGCUGGAGAUCAGUCACUGUCAGCUCAAAGAAACGCAGGACCAUUUGGAGCAGUUGGUCAGAGACAAUGAGCAGCUGAAGUAUGAAGUGAAGGAACUUCUCCACAGCUCAGUUCUUGCAACAUCACCGAGAGACCAAGGUGAUGGAGUGGAAAGCCAGUCCCUGCAGGAGAGUCCAAAGAUGUCUUCCUCCAUAGUUAUCCCAGAAGACUUCGAUAGCCAGAAAGAGAUGGAAGAGUUCAUCCGUGGAGCUCUGGUUCACUUGGAGGGAGAGAGGGACGAGGCCAGGAGGCAACUGGAGGAGGAGCACAGGCUCCACAUGGCAGCCCGGCACCAGGCCGCUGUGGCCCUCAGCCUUGAACACCAACACCACAGCCACGAAACUGCUCAUGACCAUAAUCAUGAGCACGAUCACACUCAUAGCCAACAUGGUCACUGUGAACACAGUCACGAGCAUUCAGAAGGAGGAGUUCCAGUUGAAGUUCAUCAGGCCCUGCAGGUUGCCAUGGAGAAGCUUCAGCAGCGUUUCACGACCCUCAUGCAAGAGAAGGUGGACCUGAAGGAGCGGGUGGAGGAGCUGGAGCAUCGCUGCAUCCAGUUGUCUGGAGAGACCGACACCAUAGGGGAGUACAUAGCCCUGUACCAGAAUCAGCGAGCCAUCAUGAAGCAGAAACACCAGGAGAAGGAGCAUUACAUCAGCAUGUUGGCCCAGGACAAGGAAGAGAUGAAGGCGAAGCUGGCGGAGCUGCAGGAUCUGGUGAUGAGGUUGGUGGCUGAACGGAAUGACUGGUACAGCCGCUACGCCAAAGCUGUAGCUGGCACAAGCACGGUGAACCCCGACCUGCUUCCUGUUGGGGAGGAUCACACUCAUCCAGAGCACCAUGGGCACACAGACAUGGAGAUUAAUGCCGUCAGUGGAGCAGAAGCCAUUGAGGUCAUUCCUCUGUCAGAGUCCACCACAGGCCUGGAAGCCCUCUCCUCCCAGGCACUUUCGACCAGAGCAGCCCAGACCGAGUCCAAGCCCCUGGGACCCAACGAGGACGGCACUGCGCAACAGAUCAUGCAGCUGCUCCAGGAGAUCCAGAACCCCCAGGGGGCGCUAAGAUCAGCCCCCUUCCUCGGGGAGAACCCCUGCAUCCCCUUCUUCUACCGGCCCGACGAACAGGAUGAAGUCAAGAUCCUGGUGGUGUGAGGUGUGGGUAUGAGAAAGGCGUGAAUGUGUGUGUGUGCUAAUGGACAUGUCUUGAAGUACGGGGAAUAUUAAACACCACAGUUUACCAUGUUUAUAUCUAAUAGAUCAUAUUCACAAACACUUGGACACCUUACAGAAGAGAUCACAGAUAGAAGAAUGUCUCUGACCCAGUUACAUUACAACACCCCCUCUGUUCCGCGUGUUGGCACGAUUGUGUGCAUGGUUAAAGAGAAAGUAUUUUCUAUUUGCUCUUUUUAUGUUUCUGUUUUUUGUUCAUGAUGCUCUUCCCAGAGAGGAGAUAAUCAGUAUUCCUAAACAUAAUCUGAUUACUCUCAGUACCGCAAUUUUUAAUCCCCAUCCCCUCUCUCGUCCCCCAUCUUUACACAUAAGUGCAAUAAAGGGGCGGUGUACUCUGUGCCCCUGCUGAAACAGUACUUAAAGAGCUGUUGUGAAUUAGCAGCCUGUGUCAGCAACUCUGCUACAAAUCUCAGUUUUACACAAUUCACUGUACAAAUGCCAAAAAAGAGCAUCCCGUUUGAAUGUAACAAGCUGAAUAUUUCCCUGUAUGUUUGUGUAACAUGAAGAGAGAGAGGAGGAGAAGGGUGCAGCAAGACGAUAUCGGGUGGUGGUAGAGUGAGAUUUAAGUGAAGUCAACAAUGGAACUUAGUGCACAUAAAUGCUUAAGCUUAAGUAGGUGCAGUUUCAAAAUCGAAAGCCCACAAGUUAAGGCUCAUUCAUGCUGACGGAUGCAUUGAUUUCAACAUGCCCCCCAAUGUUGGCAUGGUAGUUACGUAAUACAUCCACUAGAGGGCAGCACGUAGAUGCCUGUAGGUUAUUACAACUCGCAGACUUACUCCUCAAAGACAUCCUCCUGUCUUAUGGUCGUUUCACUUGAACUAUUGGCUACACUGCCCCCUACGAUUUCCGGCGGGACUGCUUCCGUUUCGUCUGUGUCUGUACGCUCUCAGAUACGGAUGAAGGCAGAGUACGCACAGUUCAGUUCAAUCUGUUUCUGUAUCUUAUGUUGAGCAUAGAUGAGCCUUAACAGGAUCUGGUUCAGGAAGACAGAGGCAGGUGUUGCAGAAUGAUGCUGUCCCUAAAACUACCUUUUUUCUCCUCUUUCAUUGUCCUUUUCCUUCAAAGACUGAAAAACAAGUCGUACGUUGAUACAGUGCAAUGUGUUGAUAUGUGUUUGUGUAGCGUUGAUGUUAAACCGAGAAGUCGCCAUUGUUAUUAUUUCUGACUCAGCGAGAGGAUGAGGUGAAACCUAAAGACCCCAUGAAGAAAGAAAAAAACAUGUUAUUGUGGCAUUAUUUUCUCCAUUGUUGCUGAAAACAACAACAACACAGGAGAAGGACGACUUUCAGAUACACAACAGAGCUCCACGUUCUACUUCUACAGGUUAAGAUGUUGAGGUACAGAAUUUGAAGAAGUUACAGGAAGUAUAGAGUUAUAAUCUAUAUUUGCAGUCAUAUAUCUGCUUUUGAAUAUUCUGUGAUCACAAUCUCAAUCCACACUUCCAUCACUCAAAGCUCAUAACUAAUUUAUUCUUCCUCAUCUUCUGUUUCACGGGGUCUUUAAGUUUCUAAACGAACUAACCAUGAUUACUAGGAGCCUGUUCUUUUCUGUUACGUUUAUCUCGUAUCUCUACACAUCAAAGAUGAAUUAAUGCACAUCCUUUACAACUGGACUGUGUGUAUGUGUGUGUGCGUGCGUAUGUGUGUCAGCGUCUGUUCUGUGUGUGUAGAGCUGUAUAAGAUUAUAUAAGUACGAUUGCACUAAAACUGUACAAAGCUUCUCCGUCAGCUCAGUUUCUACCACUGAGCCUCCGCGGAGCAAACGAGGAAUCCUAUGAUGCGUCGCUCUGUGUGCUGAGGGUUCCAGCCGAGGCAACUUAAUUUAAGUGAAAGCGCGCGCAUGCGAGAGACCAAGGUGUGUAAACACGAAUUGAACAUGAUCGUCAUGACGUUAUUCCCAGACCUUUGGGACCAAACUGAAUUUGAGAACAUGAGCAACUUUUCAUCUUUCUCAAGGAGAGAAGCAAAAUUCAUAUUUAGAUAUCAUCUCAUUGUCCAUCGAUAAUCGGGUUAAUCUCCUUGUGGUGUUAAAUAAAUGAGAAAUUACAGAGGAUUCCAACAUCUGGACUGACGUUUCUUUCACCUGAUGACACGAUGAGCGUUUCAGCUUUAAGAGAGAGAUAAGAUGCCCAAGUUCAAAAAUGUAGAUCAGAGUGUCGGACUCUUAAUUUUUACAUCCUCUGGUGAGUUUAUUUCGAGGUAGAGAACAAUUUGUGACCAUAAGAAAUUUCACACUCGAUAUUGAUAACUAAAAAUAACAGGACAGAAAUGAUCAGUGCAGAUUCUGAUGUAACGACAGUUUAAGGUGAAUAGGGGCUGUAUAUGACUCCUCUACCCUAAACCACAUCACUUUGACAGUUGGUUUCUGACUAAAUUGACUUCUUUACUCUCGAUUUUAAAAUCCCUCGCUUCUUAGCAUUCUGUCACUUUUUGUUUUUUCUCUUGAAAUGCAACAAAAUGAAUUAUUGUUUUGUUUUUGAUUCUGGGAGCGGUGAGACCAAGAUGGUAAAUAUUUAUAUAAAUAUACAAAAUAAAUCCUUUUUAGUGGUGUUUCUGGGACUUGUAAAUGAAAAGGUGAAAUUACUACAGAUAAAGUUACUUCCCACUCUUUCUGAUUCACUGUUAAAUAUGUUCCGUGUGAUUGAAACAAAUAGCAAUGAGGAAGCAUUAAUUGUCUUUACCGUAAAAGAGGCAGUGUACAUACUGUAACUGUGUAACAUAUUGUAUAUUCAUUAUGCCUGGUGUGUGUGUGAGUGUGUGUGGAGGGGGGUUUGUCGGCAGCGUGGGCUGUGUGUAAGUACAGAGUCAGGUUGUUGGUGGUUACUGACCGGCUGUGAUUUAAUACAAAGAUUGACUAGAAAAAGAUCUAUUUAUUUGAAGUAAGUUAGAAUCUGAACUAAUCACUUUUAAAGUCAAAUGGAAGCGAGUGUUGGAUGGAAAUGAAGGAUUGUUGUUCAGAGAACUGAUUUGUCUGAGGGCGGCUUCACACUGAAGCUUUCUGAUUUUUUUUUUUCUUUCCUUGAGUAAUAAUUUCUCCCCUUCUCCUGAAUAAAACUGAUUGAGCAACUGAAA